AUGAUAAAUUCAACUUGGGAACAAAUACGUCGAGAAGUUAGAAAUUAUCGUAGUUCAAUACAACCUUCAAAUGUUGUCAACAUUAAAGACUUUUGUUUUGAUGAGGAAAGUAAUCGCGCAUAUUUCUUGGCUACAGAUUCUUCAUGGAUGAAAACAUCAACAUUAUUUGUGGUUGAUUUGCCAUCUUUGAAAGAACACGAGUUUCAUAAUCAAUUUUCUUUUAGCUUUUCAAACAAUGAAUUUCAGGUUAAAGUUCCAUAG